AUGGAGCAGAUACAGGAGCCGAUGGCUGAGAUGCGAGCUCAGUUAACUAAACAGAUGAAUGCACAGAUGGCACAGUUUAUGGAGGAGUUGGCUAACGUCACCAGGGGCCAAGAGGAUUUGCGAGUUCUUGUCGAGAAUUCCAGGAGGACCGAAAAUUACGGACAUCAGUAUGGUUUGUUUGACAAUGUGUCGGGCCGUAUUGACGAUCAUCGUGAUGAGAAUGAGUUCAGACGUCCUCACUAUGUGGCUUAUAAUCCUUUCAACCAGAAUCAGGGUUUUCCUCCACCGCCUCCAUCUCGUCUGUUAGGGAGGAGAGAUAAUCAGAAUCGUGGUAAUCAGGAUUUCAAUUUCGAGAACGUUGAUCAGUUGUCAAGGCAUAGUGCUGAGGGUGCGCAUGAGGAAGUUGAAAGGUAUCGUCUGAUUGAGGAACGUUUGAGGGCUGUUGAAGGCAAAGGGGUGUUGGGUAUGGAUAUCAAUGAUCUGGGUCUGGUGUCAGGCGUGAGGAUUCUGCCAAAGUUCAAGGUCCCGACUUUUGACAAGUAUAAUGGGGCGACCUGCCCAAUGACACAUGUCAAAGCAUAUUACCGGAAAAUGUCUGUGUAUUUAGAAGAGGAAGGCUUUCUGAUGCACUUCUUCCAGGAUAGUCUUGCUGGGGCAUCCUUGGAGUGGUAUGUUCAACUUGAGCGAUCUCACAUCCAUUCUUGGAGAGAUCUCGUGGAAGCUUUCAUUAAGCACUAUCAAUACAACAUGGAAUAUGCUCAGAAAUGGCGCGAGCUAGCGGCAAGAGUUCAACCACCUAUGACUGAGCGUGAGAUAAUUGACAUGUUCAACGGUACUUUGUCUGGACACUACUACUUGGCUUGCAGUGCUUCCGCAAAUUUUUCUGAAAUGGUGAGAUAUGGCAAACAUGUGGAGAUGGGUCUAAAAAUGGGGAAAAUUCAGUUGGGAGCCUCUUCUAACGCUUCUAGUGGCAAGAAGCAAGCUGAGGGUUAUGCCAGAAGGAAGGAAGGAAAUGCGGAUGCCGUGUACGGAAGGAAUGGUCAAGGGAGAAAUAAUUCGCAGGUUAAUGUUGUUACUAUUCCUGUGCCGCAGCAACAACAACAACAUCAGCAUGGACAACGUCCUAACAACAAUCGCUACCCUCCCAGGACUAGGCCUCACAGAAAUUUUGAUGCCAUUCCUAUGACGUAUUCCCAAUUGUUGCAGCAUUUACUCAGUAUCAAGAAAAUAACUUUGAGGGAUGCUUCUAACGCUCCAGAUACACAGUCUCCGAACUACAACGCGAAUGCGCGUUGUGCUUUCCAUUCUGGUGUUGCGGGGCACGAUACCAAAAGAUGCAUUGCUUUGAAAAAACAAGGUGCAGGACCUAUUGGAUCAGAAUAUGAUACAAUUCACGCCAACGCCGAACAUUGUCAACAAUCCAAUGCCUACUCAUGGAGGGGGCGCAAGGGUGAAUGCUAUUGA